AGCCUGACGUAGCCGAAAAUAAAUAAACACCAACCACACAGAGAAUGAAAGGCGAGAUGGAUGACGAUGAAGGACUUGAGUGACUGAGUGACUGCCAUAGUUACUAAAUCCUAGCAACAAUAUUUUUUUCAUAGCACCAAUUUUCACCAUGGCAACCACGGAGGUUCGCGUGUCGUGUCGUGCUGGAUUUCAGCAGUGUCGUUUAACUUCAAAACACAGAAAGAUGUGAAGGAUACGUACGCAAAAUGGAGUGCAAUAGAAAUUUCCUAACAUUUGUAGCAUUCGUUUUCCAUUUAGUUUGUAGCUUUUUCAGCACUCAGGUGCUCUGUGUGGAUGCACCGUUCAUACACAUUCCGGGAAAUGGCGUUAUCUCGGGAACAUAUUUGAAAAUGUUUCGAACUCAAAAUAUUAAGGCUUAUCUCGGUAUACGGUAUGCCCACGCUAGGAGAUUUUCGCCUCCCGAUGUCGAGCUAACGCCCUGGAAGGGCAUUUUCAACGCAACCACAUUCGGUGCGGACUGUUUGCAACAGAAUCCAAUGCCUUCCAUGGGUCCAGAAACUGACCAAAUUCUGAAAAUCUUGUCCUCCGAAACCCAGCAGGGUGGGAGUGCCAGGAAAUAUGAAGAAAACUGUUUGUAUCUGAACGUUUUUGUACCUGAUGGAUUGCCCGAAAUUAAUGGAUAUGCCGUCGUUGUGUGGAUCCAUUCCGGGGAUUUCUCAACCGGCAGCCCCAUUGAUGUGAAUCCAUUUCAGCUGGUCUUCAAGCAAAAGGUGAUUGUGGUAACCUUUUCGUAUCGUCUGAACAUUUUCGGAUUUUUUACAACCGACGAUGGCGAGGCGCAGGGCAACUAUGGCCUCAUGGAUCAGGCAGCGGCCCUUUACUGGGUGAAAAAGAACAUCAAUUUCUUUGGCGGAGACACAAAUCGCAUCACACUGAUGGGCCACGAUGCCGGAGCCAUUAGCGUGGCGCUGCACAUGACCUCGGGCGAGUGGUCAAAGGGGGGCUUCCAGAAGGCCAUUAUAAUGUCGGGCAAUCCACUUAAUGCUGUGAAACUACCAGCGGACUACGAAGGCUCACUGGAUCAAGUAUCGAGCACCUUCGGCUGUCCACGCCGGCCCACUUCCAUGUUUAUGCAGUGCCUGAGGAAGAUUGACGCACAACGAUUGUCCGAGAACCUGCCCGUCGUGAGUUGGGGUCCCGUGUUGGACUUUGGAUUGAGCAACACUUCGUAUCCGUUUAUCGAGAACCAGCCGGAGAUAUUAUUCAAACGUGGCAGCUACCACAAGGUGCCCGUCAUCAUUGGCGUAACCGACAUGGAGGAGGUGUUGACGCUGUUUAAGGACAAUCUCGAUGCUGAAAUCAGUGCCGCCGACCUGGAGGGUUUCUACAACGACAUAGCCGUCAAUGAUAUGCACAAGCUGGUGAAGAACUACGAAUGGUGCUCCAACUACGACUUGAUUGCAGAGUCAAUCCACUUUAUUUACGACAACGACACGGACAAGGACAUGAGAAAGUCAAACAAACACAUCAUCAGUGCACACACCGAGAAGUUUUACAUUACGCCGAUGCAAAUGUUCGCUGAAAUGAUUGGCAAGGAUCAGCCCGUGUACAGUUAUGUGUUCAAGCGACGCCCCGAAAGCUUGCUGCAGGAACUGCCCCGUUGGAUCAGUGUGCCCAAGUAUUUUGAUCAGGUGUUUGUUUGGGGCAAUCCUUACAUGACCAACACCGUCAAUUGGAAGUCUGCCGAUAAGAAAAUUGCUGAGAUAAUCAUGACUCUGUGGGCAAACUUUGCAAAGACCUCGAACCCAACCAAGUCCAAUGUGUACAUCAAGUGGAAUGCCAUGAAGCCCAGCAACGAUUCGGUGCUGCUGAUCGAUGAGAACUUUAACACGGACAAUUUGCACAACAAUCAGCGUAUCCAUUUUUGGAAGUCGCUCUACCCCAAGAUUCUGUACUACUCAGCCGAUUGCUGCAAUUCCACAAACUCAGGUGGCUCAUUGCUGAUCACGAAAACCCUCACCAUAAUAUCCACACUUUCCAUAAUUGUUAAGCUAUUUUGA